AUGCUCUCCGCCUUUACUGCGCGACCUAUUGUUGAGCUCCGAGCUCGCGACAAGUCAAAGAUUGAAUCAAUACUGGCGUAUGGCGACCGACUACUUGUGGGACUCAAUACGGGCAGUUUGCGAGUAUACCGUGUGAACGAGAUACCGGAGGACAAGGGCGAGGGAAACGGUACCGCAACCGCAACACCAGACGAAGGGACAGUGACGAAUCCAGCUCCCAAACCUGUUGAUUUACUGCGCGAAGUCGAAAAGUUCUCUACGCGAAGCAUCGAACAAUUGGCGAGGAUAAAGGAAGCCAAUGUGCUGAUCUCGUUGUCAAACUAUUACGUCUCGAUUUACGACUUGCAAACCUACACCUUGCAAGAACAACUUGUCAAGACCAAGAAUGCCACCACUUUUGCCGUUACCUCGAACAUUGUUAAAGACUCCGCCUCGGGGAUAUUGGAGAUCAUAUCGAGGCUGGCAGUGGCUGUUAAGAGACGGUUACUGUUAUGGUCAUGGCACGAGGCAGAGUUGGAGUCAAAUGUGGUGGAGAUCACUCUUGCUGAAUCCAUUCGGACACUCACAUGGACUUCCGCAACUAAGAUAAUCUGUGGCAUGAAUUCGGGCUAUGUUAUUGUCGAUGUUCUUACCCAAGAGAUUGAGGAUAUAGUGGGGCCGGGCGCUAUUGGUGGUGCAGCAGGAGCGCAAGGCGGGCGCUUUGGAAGUGUUGGCUCAACCAGUAUGGGCUAUAUGGGAUUAGGGGGAUAUAUACCGAAACCGCUUGCGACAAAGUUAGCUGAGGGCGAAAUGCUUUUGACCAAGGAUAUAAACUCCCUUUUCAUUACCUCGGAGGGUAAACCAGAAUCAAAGAGACAGAUACCAUGGCAAGCCGCGCCCGAUGCAAUAGGUUAUUCUUACCCCUACAUUUUAGCUCUUCAACCACCGUCCAAGGGUAUCUUGGAAGUUCGAAAUCCUGAGACUUUGUCAUUAUUACAAACAAUAACCUUGCCGAAUGCGAGUCAGAUGCAUUUUCCUCCGCCAAACGUCAGUCUCGCUCAUGCGGGAAAGGGAUUCCAUGUUGUCAGCGAUCGAUGUAUUUGGGGAAUGGGAACGACAGAUUAUGAUACCCAGGUGGACGAACUCGUGGAAAAGGGACUGUAUGACGAAGCGAUCAGCCUUCUGAACAUGCUGGAAGAUGCUUUAUUAAGAAACAAGGAAGAGCGCCUGCGGGAAACCAAGAUCUUGAAGGCUCAGAGGCUCUUCGAUCAACGAAAAUACCGCGACGCCAUUGACAUAUUUCUAGCGGAAGAUGUGCAAGCUCCACCAGAACGAGUGAUUCGCCUGUAUCCUCCAGUCAUUGCUGGGGAGCUAUCUACUUUCGAGGAAAAGAGUUCCGAGGAUGAAGAUGCGCAUGAAAAUAGCGAGGAGGCGAAUGGCGACGGUGCUGCAGAUGAUAAGCAAGAAAAUACCGAUCCAGCGAAACCAGCAGCUAUUAGCAAGCUUCUCAAAGGCCAUAAGAAGAAUGCUUCCGAUGCUGGCUCCAUUAGGUCAUUCAUGAAAUUCGACAACAACGAUGGUAGUGAUACUUCCAGUGUCCGACCGAAACAGCCCGAGGACAGCGCAUUGGAAGGGAAAGAUCUUGUCAACGCAGCUUUAGAACUGAACUCAUUUCUUGUCGAUGCCAGAAACAGGAUGAAAAGGUGGCUUGACGCCGAGACGGGAAAGCUUGUUCCACAAAAUACCACGGGCAAUGGUCAAAAUGGGCGUCAAGGCCCUUCAGAAGCAUCGUUUGAGUCAUUUCUUGUUGCUCCCGCCUCAGAUGCUGAAAAAGAUCGUGAGCAGAAGUUGAAAGAUACAGCAAAAUUAAUCGACACGACUUUGUUCCGGUCAUAUAUGCUUGCACGACCUCAAUUAGCAGGCUCGCUCUUUCGCAUACCCAACUUCUGCGACCCAGAUGUAGUUAACGAGAAAUUGCUAGAAAGUGGAAGAUACAACGAUUUGGUCGACUUCUUUCACGGGAAAAAGCUGCAUCGUCCAGCGCUCGAACUUCUCAAGAAAUUCGGCACAGCUGAAGACAGUGACGAGGACUCUCCACUCCACGGCCCACAACGAACAAUUGGAUAUUUACAGAACCUCCCACCGGAAAUGAUCGAUCUCAUACUCGAAUUUGCAGAAUGGCCGCUGAGAGCCGAUCCAAAGCUAGGAAUGGAGAUUUUCUUAGCGGAUACUGAAAAUGCCGAGACUCUCCCAAGAGAUAGAGUCGUGAAAUUCCUCGACAAUAUUGACACGGGGUUGGCAGUUAGAUACCUGGAGCAUGUUAUCAAUGAGCUGAAUGACUUGAACCCGGAGUUUCACAACGAUCUAGUCUCCGCGUACCUCAAGGACUUGAAAGAACGAAAUGACAGGGACUCAGAGGACUGGAAAGACUUGAUGAGUAGGUUAGUCACAUUUUUACGAACAAGCAAGCAGUAUUACCUUAAUAAGGCUUUUCAAAAUAUUCCCAAAGACGAUCCUGGUUUCUAUGAGGCUCAAGCAGUAGUUUUGAGCAACCUGGGGCAGCAUAAGCAAGCACUUGUGAUUUAUGUGUUCAAAAUCAAAGAUUUCCAAAAGGCAGAAGAAUACUGCAACUAUGUGUACCUCCAAUCGGACCCAUCGACAGUACAGUCCACCCAAGCGUCAACGACAGAUUCAGACGAUUCGGUACCCUCGAUUUACCAUACGCUACUCUCUCUAUACCUCACCCCACCACCUCCACAUGAACCGAACUGGCCGCCAGCUUUAGAGCUUCUAUCCAAGCAUGGAUCGCGAUUACCGGCCUCCUCGACCAUGAACCUUAUUCCUGACACUUUACCCAUUUCCGAGCUAGAAUCAUAUUUCCGGGGUCGUAUACGCUCGGUAAAUUCAGUCGUGAACGAAGUACGCAUCGUUGCGGGCUUAAGGAAGACCGAAGUAGUGAGUGCGCAGGCCAGUCUUCUCUUAGGAGAUGGCAAGCCAGGAGGCAAAGGAGGAAGAAACAGAGGUGUAUAUGUUGAAAAGGAUAGAGUCUGUGGAGUCUGCCAUAAGAGGCUUGGCAGAAGUGUUAUUGCUGUACUACCAGACAACGAGGUAGUCCACUAUGGCUGCUUGAACAGGGCUGACAAGAGGCCCAUUGGUGGUGGCAUGGAGUCUUUGCGAUCCCCUCCAAGGAGGUCUUGA